UUUUUUUCAUUUAGAUGAAAGUUCAAAUUCGCGAGGAACAAAAGUUAAGUAUUAAAGAUCGAUCAAAUUUGAAUACAGCUAUUAAACAAACCGAAAGAUUGGCGAAAUAUUCCUUGAAAAAGCGUGUUAACAUUCUCAAGAAUGAAUGGUGGUACUGGGACCAGAUCGACGAAUCUGAAGAAGAUACUGAACCAACUAAUAAAGAAAUUCCAAUAAAACAGCAAACACCAACACUUUGCCGCACUCAAGAUAGUGAUACGGAAGAAAUUCUACAACUAUUCAAUUCCAACUCUGAUGAACUAGAUGACAUUAUUUGUUUAUCUGAUACAGACUCGAAAUCACCGUUACAACACACGACAUCAGUCUGUUUCCAUCCGUUGACAACUCAUGAAGAAGAAACCAUCAUUCGGGAAAUGAUCGCUUCAUCUGAUAAUUCGUUUUCAGCAUGUCGUCGAGUCGCUGAAAGAGAAUAUCUACUUUGUAUACAAAAGAAUUUUCCCUCAACAUCAAUUAUAUCUGAACAUUGGUUCUAUCUAUUUGUUUUUCGUCAUUGCGAACGCAUAGCGCGAGGGUUUCCGCGUUGGAUUAACGACAUGGAAGCAGUCUUAACUCAGUCGUCAUUCAUUGCACCUAUUCACAUGUCACAGUUGAAAUCAUUGGUGAUUUUGUUUAAACAAUACCAUCAAAAACAGUAA